UUAAAAAUAAAAACAUGAAUAAUUUAUAAGGUCUCCAUUUAUUAUCCAUUAAAUACACACAUUCCUGGCCUUGUUCAAAUAUGACAGGAAGUUCAGAAUCAUCGGAUAAAAUGGAGCUGAGCUGGCGUUUUUUUCUCCUCAUUUGAGAGACACGUGCGGAGUGGCAGCUCUUCCCUGAACACCAGUACUUAAGAACUCUUACAUUACACAUUAAUCUAAUCCUAGCCAUUUCCCUGGGCUUUUAACAUGAGUAAGGAAGCAGGAGGCCAAGAAAUAAAAGUGAGAAGUUCAGUGGCAUUAGAGUCAUAACAAGGCGAGAAAUUAAAUCAGUUUUAACUUUGAUCUCCAGCUUCUUCUGUUUAAAAGUCGAGUUCUGACAAAUAUUAGUGUUAAGUCCUACUCUACAACUUCAAUUUCCUCUGUAAGUUGAAAAUGGGAUGAAUCACAUUUCGGACGCGUCUGAAAGAUGAGAAUUGCGAGGCUAUUAUAUUUCUUGGUGUUACUAAUCUAAUUUGACAUCAUUUUGUUCACCUACAAAAUGACAACAGGGGCCGUAGCGGUGUUUAUUGAGACAGGAUUGAGAUCUAAAUCUAUGUUGUGUAAUCUUUAAAAGAAAUAAUCCUAUUACGCUGACUGCUCCAUCGGAAUGACUAAGCUAGACAUCCACAGUUUGCAUUUGAAUUGUUUGUAUGUGUGGAGGGAUGGUUUACUCUUAGACUAAGUUGUUUUGUUUUUUUCCCUUUGUGUGCAGUGAUGAACUACUGAAAUGUGGCUUUACUGAAGAUUAUGAUCAUAAGGGAUUUUCUUUAGCCCUUUAUCUGUUGUUGAGAGGGACAGAACUGACUGCAAUGUGCUGUAGGGUUAAUAGUGUGAUGGAUCCACUGAGAAUAUAAUCAACUUUUUGCAUCUAAUAGAAGAUGUUCCUCUGGUCCUCAGUGUUCUCUAAGGAGCCACAGGUUCCCUGUCAUCGCUCACCUGAGGAACUGGUAACUAACAUGUUGAUGUUAGAGUUGGGAUCUCUGGUGAAGCGCACCGAACGUCUCCACCAGGAGAGGGCAAUGGAGACCCGCAGGCGCAAGUCCAGUGUGGAUUACAGCUGGCUGGCAUCAGUUCCACAGAGAUCCUCCCGUGAGAUCUCACCUGGAGAGAAACUGGAGCUUCAAGACCUGUGCGCCAAGAUCCCCCCAUCCCAGUGCGGUCCACUCAUUCUCAGACUGAGGAAAAUGGUGACAGAGCUUGAGCCGGAGGUGAGUGAGGUGUCUCGCGUGUUUCGGGCCGUACUCUGCAACUACCUGGAUGAGAUGGAGGAGGGAGCCGCCAUGGAGAAAGCGCUGAAGGUCCGGGUCAGCCGCAGCAAGAGCAUGUCCGUCAUCAACCUGCGCUCACGGCUUCGUAUCAGCCCACUCUGGAGCAGAUCCACAGCCGGCCGAGAUGAUGAGGAUCCUGGCACUGAGGAAGAUGAAGAUAAGAUCUACAGGAACAGGAGGAUCAGGAGCAUGCCACAUAUCAGCAUAGUGGAAGAAAAAGCACAGACCUGAACAAACGGACAAUUUUGGCAAUGCUGUAGCUUUUUUUCGCAUAGUUUAAAGCAUUGCUUGUUCAGUAAAGGAAUGCUUUUCUAUUUUUAUUCUUUUUUUUGGUAUCAGACGGUUUUUAUAGCUUGGUCUUGUUGAUUCAUCAUUUAGAGAUUUCCCUUACAUCAAACAUGACAUAUUUAUCAAAUGCCUGCAUUAGGACUCCCAACAACUGAU